AUGGAGCUCCCUCAGCGCGCGGAGCGCGGCCCAGCGGCCGGGGCGGAGGCCCGGGGGCGACGCGGCGCCGAGGGGCGGGGGCGGGCUUCUGAGCGCCGGGCGGCCGGGUCCGCGGCCGGUCGGUGCGCGGCGGGCGGGCGGCGGGCGCCGGUCUAUAUGGCGGCGGCUCUGUCCGGCCUGGCUGUCCGCCUUUCGCGCUCGGCCGCCGCCCGCUCCUAUGGGGUCUUCUGCAAGGGGCUGACUCGCACGCUGCUCAUCUUCUUCGACCUGGCCUGGCGGCUGCGCAUCAACUUCCCGUACCUUUACAUCGUGGCUUCGAUGAUGCUCAACGUCCGCCUGCAGGUUCAUAUUGAGAUCCAUUGAAGGCCUUCUGCUGACCCUCGUGUGGUCAAGUCUCCACAUCAGAGAACACACAGCAUGAGGGACAGAGUCGGGGCUCUGGACACUUGCCUCGGGAAGGUGAAGGGGGUGGGAGAGGACUCAAACAGGCUGCUGUAUGGACUUGGAAGAGCACAGGGGGAGAGCCCUUGUCCGUCAGGUAUACCUUCCUCUUCCUGGAUGCAUACAUCUGUGGUUGAUGUGGAUGGAAAUUCACAAAAUGAGGAGUUAUCAGUGGAAAUGAAAAAUGCUCUCAGUGAGACCAGCCUCUUGCUCCUCAAUGGCAAUAAAGUGCUUCCAUGUUUGAAAGAAUCAUUAAGAAGAAAUUCAGCUUCCGUUGCGGCUCAGAGCAAGACUCUGGAUCUGUUCUGUGCUCCUGCAGAAGAGUAUUUGGCUGGGGUGUCCUGUGGUGUGAGGGACUGGCUGGGAGGGGGGCCAAGGGCAAUCAACAGCCACAGAGGAUGGUGCCACAAAGGAGAGCCUUGGGGGUUAGGACUACUGUGCUGUCAGAAAAGAUUAGAAAUGGGGAUUUCUGAGGAGGAACCGCCAAGUGCUCUGCCAGAAGGGCCAGGCCUCGAGUUGGAACUGUCUUGCUUGCAUUUCGUCCUGUCUACACUGUUGUACGCAUGCCCUGAAGUUUUCCUGAAUGAUGAGACAAAAUGUGUUUUCCUUGGCCAUUUAGAGCCUGUGUUUUCAGAGCAAACAGUAGAAAACAAGAAAAUGCUUUCAAGUAUAAAAAGUACCUCAAACCAUCUGCAGAUAACACUGGGGUUACUGGCUCUACCAGCUUUUGAAGUAGCAAAUCCAUUAUGCCAUAGUUAAGGUACAAGCAGAACAAUAAAAAUAGUGAGAUUAAUUUUAAAAGUUGUCUUACAAUGAUUGCUUUCACACUGAGUCUGGAUGCCAACAGGGCAGCCAUGAAGUUCCUGCUUCAGUUUGUAUGAUCAGAUGAACUCAUGGGAAGUUGGUUGAUAUAAGAGGAGAUUUUUGAACAUGUUUUAUCUUGUGCUUGAAAGACAUUCAAUAUUGGGAUACCUUUUCAAUAACAUUAAUACAUCCUAUAUAAAUGUCAGGUUACAAUGUAAAGAUUUAACAAAAUUCUUUAUGUAUCUUCAGCAUUCAUUCUAAAGGGCUACUGUCCCAGAUACUGUCUCCUUAGACUGUCUGAUCAUCAGGUGGAAGUGCCUGUUUAUGUACAAGUCAGCUCCUCCCUACUUGCUCUCAGCCCUGCUGAUGUGAUUGUGAGCUGCCACCAUUUCUGCAUUCUGUAGAAUUUCGGUCAGCAGCAAAAUUUGAUUUUUGUCAUAUCCCUUUCCUUCCCCUUGAAACCCAGUUUAAAUGGAGUCCUUAUGGUGAAAGUUGAAAUAUUCAAUGUCCUUUUAGUAUAAUCCUUUCUCAAACACGGAGCCCUAGCCCUGUCACCUGAAAUAAAACAAGCUUGAGACCAUCUGCUGUAGCUCAGGUAGGUAGGGGGAGACAGUAUUUCCCCUGUAGAAUGUUUCCAGUUUCCAGGAGCGGAGGUAUCUCUUACACUAGCCUUUUUUCUGAGGUAACCCCUCUGGUUGUUGAGAAUUCCAAUCAAGGUCACCUCAGAGCAUGAGUUUUUAAGGAGUCCUAAAGUAAGACAACCAUUUUCGGGGUUACUCAUUGCCUCUCUCCAUUUGUGUCCUAAAUUACUCUGCCGUGUGCUAUUUUAGUGUUUUGGGAAAAUGAAAAAUAAAACGUGUUAUUUAGCAUAAUAA